AUGGCUCGCGAGGACGACGUCGAGACCCAGUCAGGCCACGACGAAAACACGCCUCUGCUGGCGGGAGAGCAACCCGAACAACCCCCGCCGGAACAGCAAGUAGAAGAGAAGAACGUCACUCGUUGGGUUCUGUGGAGGAUCUUCUGGGUGCUGGUCGCGGCUCUUGGCCUUGCCGUCUUCAUCAAGGGCUGGAUCGAUGCCGACGGCGAUGUCAAUUUUGACUUGAAAUCCGCGCUUAGAAAAGCGCUCGGGGGCGGUUUGAGUGGCGCGGCAGCAAUGGUUCUGCAGGUGUUGCUGCUGAUGCCACUCCGAACAAUCAUGAACUAUCAGUAUCGCUUCGGAACAUCCUUCUCCCAAGCCACGCAGAUCCUCCACGCGGAUGGUGGACUUGGCCGGUACUACUCGGGCAUCGGAGCUGCACUCAUACAAGGCCCCGUGGCCAGAUUCGGAGACACGGCCGCCAACGCCGGAAUCUUGGCCCUGCUGCAGUCCAACUCGUAUCUGAAGCAUCUGCCCUCGCUCGCAAAGACGGUCUUUGCCUCUCUCUGUGCCGCCGGCUUCCGCAUGAUCCUCACCCCCGUCGACACUCUCAAGACGACCCUCCAGGCACAAGGCUCCCACGGCACCGCUCUCCUCCGUAAACGCAUCAAAGAGCACGGAAUCGGCACUCUAUGGUGGGGAGCAUUUGCCACCGCGGGAGCGACUUUCGUCGGGCACUAUCCCUGGUUUGCCACGUAUAACCUCUUGACCGAAGCCAUCCACGAGCCGCCGAAAAGCGAGCUCUUCCUGUGGCUGCUGCGCCUUGCCUUUAUCGGCUUCGUGGCAUCCAUCAUUUCGGACUCCGUGUCCAACUCUUUGAGGGUGAUUAAGACCUACCGCCAGGUCAACGACACCAAAGUCUCUUACGGAGAGGCUGCACGGCUGGUGAUUGGGGACGACGGCGUGUCGGGGCUGCUCGGGCGAGGCCUGAAGACACGCAUCCUGAGCAAUGGCCUUCAGGGACUGCUGUUCUCCAUUCUGUGGAAGCUCUUCUUGGAUAUCUGGGAACAAAGGACAAAGUCUUGAUGCAGAUGUUGGCGCACGCCCA